AUGGCCGAGAUGGCUUUCACCAGCGACUUCCUCAACAACGAACGAGAGACGAUGACCAAAUUCCCGAACACGACUUCGCCAGUAUCCAGGGAUGCUGAACAACGCGAUCUUCGCAAGAUUCAAGCUGCUUGGAACCACGGCUGGCUCACUUGGGGCAGCAACCCCGAUCACGCAGAGCUGCUUCGAUCUCUGAAACUUCUCGCCCCGAAGCUGCCAGAAGUUUCGAAGGUGCUUUGUCUUGGACUUGGUACUCUCGAUGGCGAUCUCCUGGUCGAUGAGAAAGCUGGUGAUGGUCGAGUCAACCACCACAACAUUACUCAACACAUGUUCGCUGUCACCUUGACCAAGACACUCAGCAAACUUCUUGGAACCCGCAUUCCUCUCAUGGCUUUCGAUCUGGAGUAUUCAGAGAACGACAAGCAGAUCCUUUCACGCAACGAAAUCGAGGUCAUCGAAGGAUACGUCGCCGUGACUGAAAUUGACAACAAGACUCUGGUAGUCUCCCUCGAUCCGACUUUCCCCCUCGAGCAAGUGAUCGCCGACUUUGUGAAGCCAGCCGCCAUGAUCUGGGACCAGGCUGUAUUCGUCCCCAAGACUACGCUUCGAGUUUACUACGACAAGUUCUUCACCGCGCCCCUUCGAUUCGGAAAGACCAAUGUGGCCAUCCGAAAGCCAAUCAUUGACGAUCUUGCGAACGCGAUCGAGACCGAGAUGGAGUUUCCCAAGGCAAACGGAAUGGCCAAGCAUGGCUGCGGCAAGACUUACAUGGACGACAUGGAUGAGGGAGUCAUUGUGGACUAUGAACCCGACGUAGUCAUUGUGGACUAUGAGCCCGAGGAUGAGUGGGAGCUUCUGGAAUAA